CAGAUGAUGGCAUCCCCGCGGGGCUCUACCUCCAGUGCCUGUAGCUACCGCAGGUGCCAGCCCAAGAGGUUGUCCUGUCCAGGUCAACAUCCCUCCCCUGUCCCCAGGGGUGCCACUGACUGUUCUCCAUGUUUGCAGGAGCCCGGGAUGAAUGGCUCGGUGCUGGGACCGCUGCUGGUGGAACACCCCGGCCAGUGCGUGCCCAACAACCCGGUGCAGUUCGUGCUGGUGCCCGUUGUCUAUUGCCUGGUGCUGUGUGUGGGGCUGCCGGGCAACCUGGUGGCAUUGCUGGUCUUCCUGCAGAGUGGCAAGGUGAGGAAGGCCAUCCGCAUCUACCUCAUCAACCUCACGCUGGCUGACAUCCUCUUCAACCUCACCCUGCCCCUCUGGAUCCACUACUACCUGGCUGGGGGGGACUGGCUACUCUCAGAGGCCACCUGUCGCCUGGCUGGGGCCGCCUACUACCUGGCCACCUACAGCGCCAUCACCUUCAUGGCACUCAUCAGCUUCAACCGGUUCUGCGCCGUGCGGGCGGCGCGGCGGGCGCUGCCGCUGACCGGGCCCCGCGGUGCCACCCUGGCCUGUGCCCUGGCCUGGCUGCUGGGGCUGGGCUGUGCCGUGCCCACCCUGGCCACCCACCAGACCUUCCCCACGCACGCCGGGACCACGGCCUGCUUUGAGCAGCACGGGCGGCAGCGCGGCUAUGCCUACGCCAUGGUGGGUUUCUUCUCCGCCGCCUUCCUGGUGGUGCUGGGCACCUACACCUCCAUCGCCCGGGCGCUGUCGCUGCCCGCCACGGCCUCGCCAGGCUCCCACCGGCAGCAGGCCCGUGCCAUGGUGCUGGGGAUGCUGCUGGUCUUUGUGGUCUGUGUGGCUCCCUACCACCUGACGCUGGCCCCCUGGGUGGGGAGCCGGCCCCCUGCACCGCUCUGCGGGCCCUCUGACACCCUGGAUGUGCUGCACACACUGAGUGUGGCCCUGCUCAGCCUCAACAGCUGCCUGGACCCCCUCAUCUACUGCUUCUCCAUCCGGCGCUUCCGCGCUGACCUGGCCCGGACCCUGCGCAAGCUCGGCCGGUGCUUCCCGCUGCCCCCGCCCGCCCCGCCCGGGCCGGUACCCGGAGCCCGAGCAUCCUCCUUCACCUCCUCCUAGCGGGGCGGGCACCAGGGUCCUGCCCCCGCCUGUCCCCGUGGGAUGCGGUCCCUGUUGCCAGGUGAGGGAUCGGGAGCAGUGUGGGGGGAGCCCUGGCUUCGUGCACCCCCCUCCUCCCGCCCCGCUCUGCUCUCUGUGCGUUCCCCCGCACCCGCAGCUCCUGCUCGAGCACAGAUCCUGCCCCCCGCAUUGCAGGCACUGGGAGGGCGUCGCUGGCACGGGGAGAUUGGCUCUGGCACUUCGAGAGGGACUCGCCCAGCAAUGGGAGCUGAGCCAUAGUGGCGUGUGGGAACACAGAAUGGCGAGGGAUGCUCGGUGGUUGCUGUCGCCUCCAUCCUACAGGGAUAUGCAUGACCAAAGACCCCCACGGCAUGAUCUGGGCUGCUGAGGCUGUUUGAGGUCCUGUGGCCAGUCCUGUCCUGCACUGUCCCUAAACCUCAUGCCCGCACUCCUACUCCUCUUGGCCAGGAUUAAAAAUGAAUGAGCCAAAGGCUUCCCCAGUCUCUUCGCCUGUGCCCCGGGGAGGGCUGGAUAUGGGGCAGCCCCGGCCCCCGCAGCCCUGACCC